ACGAUGAAUUUAUGUAGCAUGCUUUCUUUAAAAAAAGAAUCACUCAUAUCCCUAGAAAGAGAGACUGCUUCUUGAAGCUAAGUAUUUUUUUUUUUUUACACUUUCUUUCCUCUCUCACUUUUUCUCAUCAUUGAACCAACUCAAUCCCUCUUGUCCAAUUUUUUCCCACUCCACUUUUACUAAAGAAAGCUCCAUCUAGCAGAGAAAUCAUCUACUCGUAGCCAUGAAGGAGAGAAACAAAGGAGUCUCAGCAUACAAGAACAGCAUGGAUUAUUACUACCCAUCAACCUCGUGUGAAUUCACAUGUAAGAAGCACCCUUCUUCUUCGUCUGUUGGUAUCUGCGCGCUUUGUCUCGAGGACCGUUUGGUGAAGCUAAUCUGCUCGGAUUGCGGCGAACAGAGGCUCUCUUCCUGCUCUUGCUCAGACGAGAUUGCUACUUCCCAUCGCAACUCGUGCACGGUUGACGUGGGAAGCCUUGGCAGGGUCUCGUUCUUGAUCGACAACGACAAGAACCAGACGUCGCCGAUUCUUCAGAACUUAACAACCUCUUCUUCCUAUUCCAAUAACAAAUUGCACGAAAGAGUGGUAGAUGAGGCUACAGUUUUGCGAAGGAGCAGCAGCAACAGCGUCGAGAUAAAGAAAAGUAAUAUCGGUGGAGGUGGCAAAUUUUGGAAAAUUGGGAAGCUGUUUAGGAAGAACAAUAGCAAGAAGGGGAAGGAGUAUUAUUGUGGGAGAAGUGUUGGUGGUUUUGAUGAUAACAAUGGCAAUGGCAAUGGCAAUUAUGUUAAUCACAUUGCCGGCGGCGGCGCGUGCGUAUCGAGGUCAAGGUCGCUAUGCAGUUUCCGCGGUGGUGCUCUGUUUGGAUCUGAGGACGGUACAGAUUCAGUUGUUCCAUCAGGUGCGAGAAGCUCAAUCUCCGCGGCGAGAAGUUCGGGUGUGAAUGGUGGUUUGUUCUUGGAGUCUGGUAGAAGAAGUGGGUACAGUGAAGCUACCGAGCCAAGAAAGAGUGGGUUUGAUGGUCUGUUUCUAGAUUCUUCUUCUGAGAUUAUUGAUGGUGUGAUGAGAAAGGGUAAUAAUGGAAUAAUAGAUAACGUUGUUGAUGGUGGUGGUGGUGGUGGGUUCUAUGGGGUUAAUAGGCGUGUGUUUUCACUAAGAGAGAGCGAUUUCAAGGGCAUGGAUGAGUCUAGUUUUAUUGAUUUGAAGCUUGAUUACUCAUCGGAAUCAAGGGCGGAGCUGUUUCCUCCUUCAAAGAUGAUGACGAGUGAUAACUUUAAUGUUAAUACACUCCCCGCUUUCGGAAGCACAAGACAUGGUGGUGGUGGUGGUGGUGAUGGAGAUUUUGUUGUUGGGGAUGGAGUAUCUUUAACAAGUGGAAGAGGAAGGAAGAGCAUGAAAGGUUGGAGAUGGAUUUUCAGAUAUAGCAAUUCAACAAACAGGGGGAGUGCAAGGAAAAGGGAUCAACAAGAAGACCUUAUGUUCAAUGCUCGAGACAAAAACAACAUAUUUGUGUAGCUCCUUCACUCUUCAGUAGGAUACUCUUAAUUAAGCUAUGGUUUAAAAUCUGUCUCCAAUUACUCAUAACUUCAAAUUUUUCUUUCUUUCUUGUGCAGUACUAAUGUCUAAUUCGUAAAUGUUUUUUGGUUGAGCGAAAUGGGAAUUUCAUUCAUAUACUUCUUGGAAACUGCCCUGCCAAAAAUAAAUGUAUAUCUAUCCAUAGUAUCUUACUAGAAAGAAAGAAGGAGGAAAGUGCCUCUCUCAAUCUCGAUCAUUAAUACUACACAACAAUAGUACUUAUUAGUAGAAGAUUAAGCU